AUGCCCGAGAGAUUAUUGCCAACUAUCAUCGCCGCUAUCCCCAUAAGCCUGGGCCUAGCCUCGACGGAGCUCGGCCUUGAGGGGGGGAGUACUGUCACGGUGCCAGCCCACUUUGGCACCCCAAAAACUGCUGCUGCCUUUGAUUUUGAUUGA